AUCAAUAAUGAAGUGACUGCUCGAUACGAAAAUUUGAUAGGCCCUCUAAUUAUUGAUGUAUGGAUGAAACACCCUACAGAUCACACAAUCCAUCCGUUAGUUACAGAUAUUUUCGAAGAAUUAUCAAGCAACGCAGAUGCAUAUUCUUCAUUCCAGACUAGAGCCUUACCUCCUUUGGCCAAUAUAUUGAUUAACAACACAGAUCCUGCAUUGACUGCAUCAGCCAUCGAUCUAAUCGCAAGUCUUGUAAAAGGCGGUCCUUCACCACUUCCAUCUCCAUAUAUCGAACAUGUGUUUCCGCCAUUAAUGCAUCUGAUGCUAACAACUGAAGAUCGAAGUAUUUCACAGAAUGGAGAGAUUUGUUUGAAAUACUUUGUACAAAAAGAUUGUGCGCGAAUUGCUGAAUGGACCGAUGCAAACGGAAAAACUGGUUUAGAUUAUGUGAUACAAUUCAUAGCAAAGUCUCUUCAGCCAGCUGAGAGUGAAUCAGCUACAUUUUUUGGUGAUUUGGUCGUGAAACUUAUUGAAAAGGCAGGGAAUAGACUUUUACCUGUACUUCCAGAAUUGCUUAGAGCAAUUGCGGAGAAAUUAAAUAUUGCACGCACUGCCACAUUCAUACAG